GCACCUCUCUUCCAUGUUUACACACUUCAACGCAAGUUCACCGCUUCACGUAAUGCCUAUCCGUUUCCAGUGCCACCGAACCUAAUCUGUCAAGUCAUACUAUAUGGCGAAUUUAAUCAACAUAUUGAUGAAAAAUCUGCCAUUUUUUUAACUAAUCUAUUUUCAUAA